UUCACACUUACCGAUCAGACCAUGAGCACCGUGUCUCUCUCUCUAAAGCUCUCUCCUUUCAUUUCACCUCCUCGAACCCAUCUCAAAUCUCACCACUUUUCUCCCAACCCCCCCAUCAAAAACGUUUCUUUGUUCUCUCCAAGGCUCAGAUGUUUACCCAUUAUCAAAAGUGUCCAUCAAAACCCUGACAUUUCGCCUGUAACUUCAUCAGAACCACCCAGAUGGGAAAGAGUUUUGCUCAAUGCAGCAAGCUUGUACCCUCUUUAUGUUACUGUUGGAGGAGUUGUUGCCUGCUUGAAACCUUCUAUUUUUGCGUGGUUUGUUCAGAGAGGACCGGCUUCUUAUAGCUUGUCUCUUGGGUUGAUUAUGUUGGCAAUGGGACUCACUUUGGAGCUUAAAGAUUUAAUUAGUUUGUUCAUUCAGAGACCUCUCUCUAUACUCUUUGGGUUUGUUGCUCAGUAUACAAUUAUGCCAGCUUUUGGAGUAAUCGUUAGUAAAACCUUGGGGCUUCCACCAUCCCUUUCAGUUGGUUUGAUACUGCUUUCAUGUUGUCCAGCUGGUACCGCCUCCAAUGUGGUGACCUUAAUUGCUCAAGGGGAUGUUUCACUAUCUAUUGUCAUGACAAUAUGCACUUCGCUUGGAGCUGUAGUUCUCACUCCUCUUUUGACAAAAAUCCUGGCAGGAACAUUUGUUCCGGUGGAUGCUGUUAAACUUUCUGUCAGCACCUUGCAGGUGGUUGUUGCUCCAGUUCUACUAGGCUCAUAUAUGCAGAGCACAUUUCCUUCUGCAGUGAAGGUUUUGACACCUUUUUCCCCAUUAUUUGCUGUUUUAGCCUCAUCAUUGCUAGCAUGCAGUGUGUUCUCUGAAAAUGUGGUUCGUCUCAAGUCCUCAGUGGUCACUGCUUCAUUGGCAUCUGAUCUAUCUCCGAUUUCCCGCAUUCACUCAAUACUGUCUGGAGAACUAGGAAUUGUAAUGCUAUCUGUAAUACUGUUGCAUUGUUUCGGUUUCUUUGUGGGGUAUCUAGCUGCAGCUAUUAGCGGAUUCAAAGAGCCUCAAAGACGAGCAAUUUCCAUUGAGGUCGGCAUGCAGAAUUCUUCCUUGGGUGUGAUUUUAGCAACUACCCAUUUUGCUUCAUCAAUGGUUGCAUUGCCCUCAGCCAUGUCUGCGGUGAUUAUGAACAUCAUGGGCAGCUGUCUGGCGUUCAUUUGGCGAUAUAUUGAUCCCUCCCAUUCAAAAGGUAGUAUUAAAACUGUUGACAAAUGAGUAUGAAUCGUGAAUCUGAGAAUCAUGAAACUGUCUUACAGACAGCAUCCAACAACGUAAUGUUCUCUUUAUCGCAUUUUAUCAUAUAAACCAACCUCUAUUCGGAAUCAA